AUGGACGUCUCUGGCCGCACAGGUCCCACUACCAUGCCCAGGUAUGUCCUGGAAGUCUGGGUCAUCGUCCUGGUCGUCUUGGCCACCAUCCUCAUCAUGACAGCACUGCUGCUCUGCCCGGCCACUGCUGUCGUCAUCUACCGCGUACGAACUCACCCCACACGCAGUGGCAUCGUGUGA